UAACGCACAGUGUGAUCGCGUCGUGCGUUUUAUUUUUAACAAUGUAAUAUAUAUAAUAUCAUAAUACUAGUAUUAACUAAACGUUUGUAUCGUAAUAUUUACUCUACCUAGUAUCGGAACAUGCUUUAUCUAUGUUGUUUUUGUUUAUCACUAUCUGUCUCCGGGUAGGUACUAUCGAAAAGGUGAUUAAAUAGACCGAUUUAUGGUGCGAUGAAUAUAAUUGUCUGUGGGACAUUAAAACUGUGUUGUAUAGGUCUUACUUAUACUCGUAUCAAAGUCCGUUUUUCAAAAGUUCAUAACCAAUUUGGUGCUAAUUGUGUUAUUGUGUCAGUUUUAAUAAUAAGUUACGCAAUAUUGUGUUGUUUUAACAGACAGAGCAUGGGUAAACUAUUGUGGUAUGUGCUCGCGAUAUUUGCGUUGCCGUGUUUGAGUGAGGGCGCCAAAAUCCUCCUCGUAUUUCCGUUUCCCAGCAGAAGCCAUAACAUUUUGGGAGAGGGAUUUAACAGAAUAUUGCUGAAAGCCGGACAUGAGGUAACAUACAUAACACCGUUCCCAAAGAAAGAUGCUCCCUCCAAUCUACAUUAUGUGGAUGUCAGCGGUAAUUUAGACAGUUUCCCAGCACACUUAUCCAAUUUGAAGUCUGUAAUUGACAAGGAAAUAAGUCCCAACAACAUUAAAGAGUUCUUCUUGUUUCUGACAAACCUAUCCAAAAUAACGUUUGAAAACGUUAACGUUCAGAAACUGAUUAACGAUCCUAACCAGAAGUUUGAUCUGGUCAUCGUAGAAUGGAUGUUCAGCGAAAUAUAUGCUGGUCUAGCAGCAAUCUACGACUGUCCCUACAUCUGGUUCUCAUCAGUAGAACCUCACUGGAUAGUGCUCAGUCUGAUCGACGAGGCCCUCAACCCAGCCUACAACCCUGACUGCAUCUCCUCAAACAUUCCUCCCUUCAACUUCCUCCAAAGAGUGGAAGAAUUAGGGAAGCAAGUGGUUAUGUCCUUCUUGAGGAAUGUCUAUCUACUGCCAUACGAAAGAAACGACUACAGCACCAUAUUUGGGCCAAUAAUGGCGAGGAAAGGCCAACAUUUGCCGUCAUUUGACGACAUGAGAUUCAACGCUUCCCUCAUGUUUGGCAACUCCCACGUGUCAUUCGGUAAAGCGACCAGACUGCCACAGAACUUCAUCCCCAUUGGGGGAUAUCACAUCGACCCUGACGUAAAACCUUUGCCACAGGACUUGAAGAAACUUAUGGAUGACGCAAAUAACGGUGUCGUCUACUUCAGCAUGGGAUCUAACCUGAAAAGCAAGGACCUGCCUGAAAAGAUAAAGAGGAGUCUUCUUACUAUGUUUGGCGGAUUAAAAUACACUGUGAUUUGGAAGUUUGAAGAGCAAUUGAAUGACGUACCAAAGAAUGUUCAUAUUCUACAGUGGGCUCCGCAGCCCAGCAUUUUGGCCCAUCCAAACUGCAAGGUCUUCGUAACCCACGGCGGUCUUCUCUCGACCACGGAGGCGAUACAUUUUGGUAUGCCCACCAUUGGGAUCCCAGUUCUAGCAGACCAGAACACCAAUGUCGAGUUGUCUGUGAAGAGAGGCUAUGCUUUAAAAGUGGGUCUGGACUACGAAAUGGCUGAUAACCUCAAAGUCGCCAUUGAGGAAAUUGUCAGUAAUCCCAAGUACAAAGAAAAAGUGAUGCAGUUGAACUUCGUGUACCACGACCGACCUGUGCCCCCAGAGACAGAGGUCGCCCACUGGGUGAACCACGUCAUACGCACCAAUGGUGCGCCACAUCUGCGCUCUGCUGCACUCAUGGUGUCCUGGUACCAGAAAAUGUACCUCGAUCUCCUUGCCCUAGUUUUCUUCGUAAUUUAUGUGUUUGUGAAAAUAUGUAAAAAGGUUUGCUGCUCAAGAAAGCAAGUGGAAAAAGUGACCAAGAAAGUGGGUAAAGGAAAAAAGAAUAAGUAACUGUUGUUUUUAUGUAAGUGGGAGCAAAUGAUAUAAAAUGUGUUGUACCUGUUAGUUGGAAUAUAAUAAUGUUACAUAAAGUUUUAUUUUACCUAUA